AUGGGCAUACGUCCUUACUCCAAAGUCGAGGCGCUUUCGCAGAAAAAAGCACAGGAUAUGCGUAACCGCAAAGCGCGUCAUUUCGUCGAUACCCUACUUGUGCAAGUCCAAGCAGGGCAUGGUGGCGAUGGCUGCGUGUCGUUUCACCGUGAGAAGUUUGUGCAGAUGGGGCCCGCAGCUGGUGGCAAUGGUGGUAUGGGUGGAAGUGUAUACAUUCGCAGCGAUCCUACCAUCCACUCGCUGGCGCGCGUGCACAAACGCGUCGUGGCGAAAAAUGGCACACCGGGUGAAGGCGAUUGGCUUCAUGGCAAACGGGGGAACGAUGUGACGAUUCAUGUGCCGGUGGGCACAACUGCAGGAUGGAGUAUGGACUUUGUGCAGCCUACGCCCCCUGCUGAAAAAGGGGUACUCCUCGCACGGGGAGGCGAAGGCGGAUUGGGCAACCCACAUUUCUUGCUGGAACGGUACCAUGCACCAAAAAUUGCGACCAAAGGCAUGCCCGGUGAGUCGCUUCUACUGUCUCUGGAGUACAAGCAGCCGGCAGACAUUGGCUUGGUCGGCCUGCCAAAUGCAGGCAAGAGCACCUUGCUGCGGUGCCUAAGUCGCGCCGACGCGGAGGUCGGUGCGUACAGCUUCACGACGCUGCAUCCCAACCUAGGUGUCAUGCAGCUAGGUCAAAAUGGCACGAUGCUGGAGGACCAUCAGGACCCGGAAACAAGUCGAAUGACCAUUGCUGAUUUGCCUGGUCUCAUCCAUGACGCAUCGAAAAACCGUGGCUUGGGCCACGACUUCCUUCGACAUAUUGAACGGUGCAAUACGAUCGUGUACGUCGUAGACUUUGGCCCACUCAAUCCCCGCCCAUCCAGCGACAUUGUCAUCCUGAACCGAGAACUAGAAGCGUAUUCACCCGGACUCAGCGAACGUGUUGCGCUGGUGGUAGCCAACAAAGCCGAUUUGCUAGGUCACGGUCCCGACGCACCAACGGCCGAAGAAGCUCAUCAAAAAUUAGCAAGACUACGUGGUGAUGUACAAUUGAUCUUUGAGCCAAGGCACGUACCAGUGGUGCCGAUUUCUGCCUUGCACCGCUUGAAUCUAGAUACCCUGGCCAAGUACCUGCAGAUUGCCAAGACGGCGUCAGGUUCGUCGGCCAAUGCGUCCUAA